CCAGGUUCCCUCCAGGCUCCACGCGAGACAGGCAUUACAGAAGCAGAGUCAGUGACUAAAACGGAAUAAAGAUGAAUCGAUUCAACCGAGCUGCCAUGAUGCACCCCAUGGUGAACUCCGGCAUGGGAAUGUCUCCCUUCUGGAAGGUGACUGUGUUCGAGCAGGAGCAUUUCCAGGGCAAGUGUCAGGAGUUCACUUCCGAGUGCUGCAACAUCCAGCAGUGCGGCUUCGAUAACAUCCGCUCUAUUCGCGUGGAGAGUGGCUCCUGGGUGGGUUAUGAGCACCACGACUUCCAGGGACAGCAGUUUGUUCUGGAGAGAGGAGAGUACCCCCACUGGGACUCUUACUGUGGAAACCUGGCCUAUCACGUGGAGAGAUUCAUGUCCUUCAGGCCCAUCUACUGUGCUGCUCACCAGAGCAGUCGUAUGAUUAUCUUCGAGAGGGAGAACUUCCUGGGCCGCAGCGCUGAGCUGUGUGAUGACUACCCCUCUCUGCAGGCUAUGGGCUGGUGCAGUAUGGAAGUGGGCUCCAUGCAUGUGCAGUGUGGCGCUUUUGUGUGUUAUGAGUUCCCAGGCUACAGGGGCAGGCAGUACAUCAUGGAGUGUGAAAGGCACAGUGGAGACUAUCAGCACUGGAGAAACUGGGGCUCCCACAGUCAGACUCCUCAGAUCCAGUCCAUCCGUAGGAUCCAGCACUAACAGGGCAGCCUCUACAAGAGACACACCACUGACCGCCCAGCCGCCCGGCACACACACCUCACACACUCUCACACACAUGCUGUUUUUCCUCACCAGUGUCUUUUUAUCGGCAGCAACACCAUCACUACUCACACAACCACACGCCGUUACAGCCAUCCUGUCCCACACACGGGUGUCAAUCACAGUUUCUUGUCAGGUGCUAAGCCACACCCCCUGAGAUGCUCCAUCCAAACUUCACAAGACCACGCCCUCACAAGGUGAUCGAUCGGUCAAGAGCAGCUCAGGUGUGUGUGCAGGAGAGAGAGAGAAAGUAUCAUGAAGCA